GCAGUAUCCAGGGGACCAGCAGCACGUUUUGACGGCACAACGGCUGCCCGCUUCACCGCAAAUACCUACUCUAUUCGAACACUGUGCAGCCAACCACAGAGUCGGAUAUUUCCCGGCUGCCUCUCACUCUUGCCGUACGGUACCGCACUUCUGGCUGAAGGGUCUCAGACCGAGCAGUGCGAGCCUGAGAUCCUCCUCUCCUUGUCAGACGUCUCCAUUCGUUGGAUGCCUGCAGCGGGGAUUACGAGCAGGGGAUCGACAUUGGCGUUUCCGAAAACAUUUUACACCCGCCGGAUCCGAAGUCGAACACACACUCGAACACCCGUUACAGCCGCCCUGUCAGUUGCUGGUUGGUGA